CAGCAGCAGCCAGCGCAACCGUCUGUCGUCGUCUGCCAUCAACGACGCUGCUUCAAUCAUGGCGGUUAGACGUGCCGCUUGCUAUGGUAAAACACUACUGUGGUCUCGUGCGGCAGCGAGGCCACACUCUGUAGUGCCCGCUGCGGCGAAGACCAUGGCGGCCGCGACGGGGGCGAGGGCAGCGCGGGUGUCGCAGGCGAGAAGAGAGCUGAGCUUCUCCUUCCCGGGCCCUCGCAAGCUCGAAGACAUCACCAACCUCCCGCUCCUGGCAAAGGAGGAGAAGGAGAGCAUAGCGGACAUCUGGACAGCCUAUCACGACGAGAGAGAGGACUCGCUGGGCACGGUCAUACCGGGAGACUCCCUUGACGGUCUGCAGGCUAAGGCUAAGAAGUGCCCGAUGUUCGUGCUUCCGGUGUGGCGAGAUGGGGGACACUUCAUGAUGCUCUCUCAGUACCAAGACAAGUGCUUCUUGCUCACCUACCUCGAGGACUACAAGGUUAACCCGGGAGGUGCUCAGCCUUACGCCACCAUCUCCAUGUACAACGAUCUGGUUGACAGCAAAGGACUCGGCUUGAUACGUGCGGACAUCACGCCGAACCUCACCAAAAAGGAGGUGGACAGGCUUGUACGACUCCUGAUUCGGUUCUACUCCCCGCACGCACACCACCACGUGGAAGCUUUCAACCUGAGGCCACAGGAAUUCGACCUCGACAAACUGCUGCAGGAGACACCCAGAGAUUGAUGAUAGCUAAUGAAGUUCAACACGGCUUGGAAAGAAUAACUAACCGAGUACAUAUUGGAGAACCAUCAUGGUACCUUAAAAAAAUAGUAAGAGUACCCUUAUCUGUUUUUUUAUAGCCACGUAUUAAAUUUUCUUUCCAAAGGAUAUCUUUUCCCCGACUUUUCCGAGGGAGGCGUUAUUGCGGUCGAUGUAGGGUAAUGUAGUUCUCGUCCUGGUGCAUCCGUGCCCUCAAACUGCCAUCUUUGUCCUAAAUCUGCUGGUCCAUACCAGAGGGGGGUGAUUCAGAGGCAACACGCGGUCGGGGUAUUUUGUAUCUUGUGCCUUUUGUUCUCUUCUUGUGCUGUGGUGGUUGAAAAGCGGCAAGAGACGCCACUUCAUACGAGUGGUUCGGGUCUUGUAAUGUUUUGGCGUCAU